AGCACCGGUCACGUGGGCAACUGUCUAGUUCUGGUUCAUGCGUCUAUAAAUUCUCCUUCUUAUAUGAAGUUGUUCCUUUCCCAAGUAAGACGCCGAGUCCAUCAACAGAGUAGCUCCGACUUGUAAUAGAAUCAUGGCAGAAGACCAGGCUUUUGUGACUUUGGCGACCAAUGACAACUAUGCCAGAGGAGCCAUGGUCCUGGGCAAGUCCCUGAGGAACCACAAGACAACCAGGAAGCUGGUGGUGAUGAUCGGACCCCAUGUCUCUGACCCCUGCAAAGGAGUGCUUCUGAAGAUUUUUGACGAGGUACUGUUGGUAGAUGUGUUGGACAGCGGAGACUCAGCUAACCUGGCCCUGAUGAAGAGACCUGACCUGGGAGUCACCUUCACCAAGCUACAUUGCUGGACCCUUACACAAUACUCCAAAUGUGUCUUCAUGGAUGCAGACACACUGGUGGUACAGAACAUAGAUGAGUUGUUUGACAGAGAGGAGCUCUCUGCGGCCCCGGAUCCCGGCUGGCCAGACUGUUUCAACUCCGGCGUGUUCGUGUUCCGACCCUCCAACGAGACGUACAGCAAAUUGCUCCAGUACUGCGCAGAACAUGGCAGCUUCGAUGGAGGAGACCAGGGGGUCUUGAAUGGCUUCUUCAGUAACUGGGCAACAGCAGAUAUAUCGAAACACCUCCCCUUCAUCUACAACCUCAGCAGCAUAGCAAUCUACACUUACCUUCCAGCAUUCAAACAAUACGGUGGCAACGCCAAGGUGGUCCACUUCCUGGGUCAGACCAAGCCCUGGAGCUACACGUACGACCCCAAGACCAAGAGGGUCAGCGGGGACAUUCAGGAGACCUCCACACACCCCAGCUUCCUCCUGGACUGGUGGUUCCUCUACUCUUCCUCUGUGGUGCCCAUGAUGGUGGAGGGAUACGGAGACCAGCCUUUCCACUCUGGCUGUGUGGAAGUUCAUCUAGAAUUCCAGUCCCCUGUCAAAGAAAAUUGUGACCACCAUGGUCACUGGCCUGGGUCAUGGUCACAGAUCAAUAGUCACAAGGAAGGUGGCUGGAAGGGAAGCAGCUCGUCCCAGGACUCCCAUCACACUGAGCCAUACAUGUCACCAGAAACGUCUGAGGAACGCAAGCAGAAAUGGGAGCAGGGCCAGGCGGACUACAUGGGAAUGGACUCAUUUGACAAUAUCCAGAAAAAGCUUGACGCUUUUCUCAAAUAAAGGGAAACUGAGUUUGACUGCAUCAGUUUAGUUAGUGUCACCCCCCCCCCCCCCCCACCCUACUCUCCAUCUUACCAAUAGUUGGUUCUCCAUAUUAGUGAGCCAUUACCCACCCCAGCUCCGACGACUACAACACAAUUCUGUUACGAUGGGAAACAUUCUGACAUUGUUGGCAGAAGGCGUCCAACUGAGCAACACUUGUAUAGUAUGUUUAUCCUGUUAUAUAUGUACUGUGAAGCUCACGACACUGAAGCACCGAUUUAUUGACAAGCUUUUACAAGUCCUAUCUAGUUUUUUCUAUUUGUCAAGAAAAUGUUUAGAGAAUUAAAACCGCAAUAAAAUAUAAGAAAUAAAUAUGGCCUUGGUAUAUGGACAUGAGCCUUUUUCCACGUGUGGACACUUUGACAAAUUAAAGAUGAUCAAUGCAGUACGUCUUGUAGUUUCAUAGAUGUCGGCGUGGCUAUACACUAUAACUGAGCUGAUGUGAUGUUCUGCCAUGUCUCGUCAACCUGGGCCUUCAGAAAGCGUUCAGAACUCUUGACUCGAUCCACAUUUAGUUGUUACAGCUUGAUUUUUAACUGAGAUUUUGUCACAAGAUCCUAUUUUGUCAGAGUAUGUAUAUUUUUUUUAUUUUAGACAUUUAAAUGAACUGAAAUGUCAAGUAUUCAACCCCUUAUGGCCUAAAGUGCCUGAAUAGUGUUGAACAUGAUUUUUGAAUGACUCCUCGCUGUACCUCCCCAUACAUUUAAAUGUAACAGAUUCAACCACAAGGAGGUUUUCCAAUGCCUCGCAAAUAAGGGCACCUAUUGGUAGAGGGCUAAACAUUUUAGAAAAAGCAGACAUUGAAUAACCAUUUGAGCAUGGUGAAGUUACUAAACUUGGGAUGGUGUAUCAAUACAUCCAGACACUACAAAGAAACAGGCGUCCGUCCUAACUCAGUUGCCGGAGAGGAAGGAAACCGCUCAGGGAUUUCACCAUACGGCCAAUGGUGACUUUAAAACCGCGUUUAGUGGCUGUGAUUGGAUAAUACAAUGUUGUGGGGCCAUCCGCUACUCCACAAUACGAACCUAAUUCACAGUGAAAAGAAUGAACCCUGUACAGAAUAAGCAUCCUGUUUGCAAUAAGGCACUAAAGUAAAACUACAAAAAAAUGUAAAGAACUGUACUUCGUCCUGAAUGAAGCGUUAUGUUUGGGACAAAUCCAACACAUUACGGAGUACCACUCGCCAUAUUUUCAAGCAUGGCGGUGGCUUCAGGUUCUGGGUAUGCUUGUCAUUGGCAAGGACACAUUUUUUAGGAAACAGAGCUAUAAGCCCAGGGAAAAUCCUAGAGGAAACCCUGGUUGUCUGCUUUCCAACAGACACUGGGAGACAAUUUCACCUUUCAGCAGGACAAUAACCUAAAACAUGGCCAACUACACACGAGUUGCUCACGAGACUUUCCCUAGAAAGACAGAUGUAAUCACUGCCAAAGGUGAUUCUAAUUUGUAUUGACUCGGGUUAAAUACUUACCUAAUCAAGAUACUGUUUAAUUUUUCAUGUGGAAUAAGUCAAGUGACCACUUUCUGAACGGACUGUACUGCUUAUGUUCAGGAAAGGAAAAACACUGUUCUGCUCCCUUAGUUUUCAUACCAUCUUCACCUCUUCAGCUGCUGUGAGGGAUCUCCUCUCCGGUUUGUUUUACCUAGGGUAGUUUUUUUUGUGGCCUUAACCCAGGGUAGGUUUUUUAGUUGGCCUUAACCCAGGGUAUGUUUCCAGUUGGCCUUAACCCUCACAGUUGGAUCUUUUGAGUACCUGUUACCCUCACACCUCCUGCUAGUGUUUGAUCAUCUGUACUGUUGUCUAGGUACUGGCUCCUAAUGCUGGUACGUGUUGAACCUCUUGUCUAGGUACUGGCUCCUAAUGCCGGUACGUGUUGAACCUCUUAGUUUUUAGCCUACUGCUGUUUUACCACCCCAAUGGUGCCUGUACCACAGACGCUGUCACAUGCUAAAUAAAGUACUUGUAGAAUAAAUA